UUGUCUACUGCUAGCAACAUGAAGUUUACCAUCAUUUUCCUGCUGCUGGCCUGCGUUUUCGCCAUGGCUCUGGCCACUCCCGGCAAGCCACGCCCCUACAGCCCACGGCCCACCUCCCAUCCCCGCCCCAUUCGGGUGAGGCGCGAGGCACUGGCUCCCGAAGAUCACCUGGGACUGGCUCAAGCUGCCAUAAGGCCUCCUCCCAUUCUGCCCGCUUAAAGAUGUGGAAUCAGUGGAAAAACCAAGAACGAACAUCCGAUCAACAAUGUUUUUGCAAAUUCUGUAAUUUCUUCCAAAUUUUCUUAUCACUUUUAAACCAUUUAUAAUAAAUACAACGAAUACUGCAUUAA